CGCUCCAGCUCCUCCAGCCCCCGAGCCCCCGUCUCGCAGUAACAUCGCGGCGGGUGCCGAGGCAGCUGGCUGGGCCAUGAAACCUUAGGAGGCCAUGUCGAAACGCGACGUCACCCUCACCAAUGUCACCGUUGUCCAGCUCCCGCGACAGCCUUGCCCAGUGACCAGAGCACCACCCCCUCCGGAGCCCCAGCCAAUCAAAGAGCAAGUCCCACCACCUCCACCUCCUGCACCUAAGAAGGUUUCUGUGGUUCGGGAGCUGACUGUUGGCAUCAAUGGAUUUGGACGCACUGGUCGCCUGGUGCGGCGUGCCUGCAUGGAGAAGGGUGUUAAGGUGGUAGCAGUGAACGAUCCGUUCAUCGACCCAGAAUACAUGGUGUACAUGUUUAAGUAUGACUCCACCCACGGCCAAUACAAGGGGAGCGUGGAAUACAGGAAUGGACGGCUGGCCGUCGGUAACAAUGAGAUCAGCGUCUUCCAGCGCAAGCAGCCCAAAGAAAUCCGGAAGUCUGUCGGGAGCCCCUUUGUGGUGGAGGCCACAGGCGUGCACCUGUCCUUAGAGGAAACUACAGCCCACAUUGAGGCAGGUGCCCUGCGUGUGGUCAUCUGCGCGCCCUCUCCAGAGGCACCCAUGUUUGUCAUGGGGGUGAACGAAAAGGACUAUAACCCCGGCUCCGUGAAAAUUGUCAGCAAUGCAUCCUGCACCACCAACUGCCUGGCCCCCCUCGCCAAGGUCAUCCAUGAGUGAUUUGGGAUUGUGGAAGGGCUGAUGACCACAGUCCAUUCCUACACUGCCACCCAGAAGACAGUGGACGGACCAUCGGAGAAGGCCUGGCGAGACGGACGGGGUGCCCACCAGAACAUCAUCCCGGCCCCCACAGGGGCUGCCAAGGCUGUGGGCAAAGUCAUCUAAGACCUCCAAGGGAAGCUGACUGGAAUGGCGUUCCGAGUGCCAACCCCAGUCGUGUCUGCUGUGGACCUGACCUGCCGCCUGGCCCAGCCUACCCCGUCCUCAGGCAUCGAGGAGGCCAUAAAAGCAGAAGCCAAGGGGCCCAUGGCCGGCAUCCUUGCCUACACUGAGGAUGAGGUCGUGUCCACGGAAUUUGUUGGCGAUACUCAUUUGUCUAUCUUUGAUGCUAAGGGUGGCAUCACGCUCAACGACAACUUCGUGAAGCUCAUUUCCUGGUACGACAACGAAUAUGGCUACAGUCACCGAGUGGUGGACCUCCUCUUCAGCCGAGACAAGUGAAGCAGGCUGGCCCGCCUCAGUUUCCCAGUGCUCCCGGCCGGUACCCGUCUUUCCCGUCCCCGCCCUCGGCCCCCCGGGAGAAAGAGGGCGUCCCGCGCGAGGGGCCCGCGCCGCUGGUCCAACGGUGAAAUAAAAACCCUGAGGGCUCA